AUGACGCUGGCGGCACUACUAGGGCGUGUGACGGGCCGAAGGGAAGCCUCGAUGCUGGUUCGAGAGACGGCGGCACGACAGCUGGAUGAGCGUCUCGCCGACUGGAGGUACUCGAAGCCGAUGGUGGCGCUGGACAUGGUGUGGAACCUAGUGUUCAUUGUGGUAUCGGUGGUGAUGUUGAUUUGCACAGUGGAGGAGAGGCCUAAUGUGUCGAUUAGGGUUUGGAUCUGCGGUUACUCGCUGCAGUGCUUGGUGCAUGUGGUUCUGGUGUGGUUGGAGUAUCAGAGGAGGAACAGGACGAUCAGAUUCCGAGAUGUGGAUGCAUCGACGAGGACUAAUACGAAUUCAGUUGAUGCGAAUGAUAGUGAGGAUGAGGAAACUGGAGGCGCUUUGGGAAUUUCUAGAUGGCGAUGA